AGAAGACUCCCAACCCUGAAUGCUUUAUGAAUGUUAGUGAAAUUAUCAGAUAUCAUGGAUACCCCAGUGAGGAAUAUCAAGUUACCACAGAGGAUGGAUACAUUCGGAGGAACAGCCAAAAUACAGGGCAAAAGCCUGUAGUCUUCCUACAGCAUGCUUUUCUAGGAGAUGCUACCCACUGGAUUUCUAAUCUGCCCAACAACAGCUUGGGCUUCCUCCUCGCAGAUGCUGGCUUUGAUGUCUGGAUGGGAAACAGCCGAGGGAACACUUGGUCUUUAAAACACAAGACCCUUAAUCCCAGCCAGAAAGCGUUCUGGCAGUUCAGCUUUGAUGAAAUGGGUAAAUACGAUAUUCCAGCAGAGCUGUACUUCAUCAUGAACAAAACUGGGCAGAAGGACGUGUACUACGUUGGUCACUCUGAAGGCACAACAGUAGGCUUCAUAGCAUUUUCUACCCACCCUGAGCUGGCUAAACGGGUGAAAAUAUUCUGUGCUCUGGGCCCAGUAACCACAUGCUCACAUGCUACAAGCCCUCUGAUUAAGAUAACAAAUGUUCCUGAACCACUGCUCAGGUUAGUAUUUGGCUGCAAAGGAACCAUGCACCAAAUUGGAUUUCUGAAAGGACCUGCAACACAGAUAUGUACAAACCUGGAUAAGUUGUGUGCCCGUAUACUCUGUUACAUAGCUGGAGGCAGCAUAAAAAAUCUGAACACGAGUCGAAUAGAUACAUACGUAGGACAUUCCCCCGCUGGAACAUCAGUACAGAACAUUCUUCACUGGCAUCAGCUAACACAUACAGACCGAUUUCAAGCUUACGACUUCGGCUCUAAGGAAAACAUGAAGAAAUACAACCAGUCUUUUCCUCCUGCGUACAAGAUCGAGAAGAUAAGAAUACCAACUGCUGUUUGGAGCGGCGGACUUGACAAAUUUGCAGAUCCAAAAGAUUUGGCAAUGCUACUGCCUCGGAUUACCAACCUCAUUUACCAUGAGCAUUUUCCUGCUUGGGGACAUCUUGAUUUCAUCUGGGGCCUUGAUGCAACUGAGAAAGCGUAUUGGAAAAUCAUUGAACUAAUAACAAAAUACUUGUGA